UCUCCCAACUAGCUAGUAUCUUCCAAAUUCCAAAACUCUCCGAUGAUGUAGCCUCGCCACCACUCCGCCGCUGCCACUGCUGCCAUGGGCUACCACCACCGCCGCCGCCGCCCAACCCCCAAGUCCUACACCCUCCCCUCCUCCCCCACCCACUCCUCCGACUCCUCCGACUUCGAAUUCGCCAUUUCCCUCUCCCCCCGCAAAUCCUCCGCCGCCGAUCUCUGCCCCGCCGACAAGCUCUUCUACAAGGGCAAGCUCCUCCCCCUCCACCCCUCCCCCCGCCUCUCCAUGGUCCGCACCCUCCUCCUCUCUUCCUCCUCCACCUCCUCCUCCGACACCACCACCACCACCGCCUCCCGCCACUCCACUGACUCCUCCUCCGCCCGCCCCAGCUCCGCCACCGACGACGACCUCAAACACCUCACCCCACCCACCACCACCACCAAAAAAUCCUCCAAAUACUUCUCCCUCCCCAAGCUCUUCCGCAAAGAUUCCGGCGCCGGCGCCCGGGAAGUCAUACGCAAGUACUUGAAAAAACUCAAACCCUUGUACGAGAAGCUCUCCCAGAAGCCGUCGCAGCAGCAAAAAACAUCCAGAAUUUCAAGCUUGACAAAUACGUUUAUUGUCGCCAAAGACUACAAGAGCCAAGAAAUCAAUACACAAUCAUUUUCGGGCAAUCUGAGCCUGUAUAAUAAGGGAAGAAGCUGCUUCUCUAGCUGCCCGCCGUCGAUGGGUUCGUCGCCGAGCCACUGUAGAAACAGGCACGGGUACGGGCAAACGGGUCGACCCGGAUCCGUAAUCCACAGCAGCUCGGACACGUCAUCGAUGGAGGAGUUGCAGAAUGCGAUUCAAGGUGCGAUUAUGCAUUGCAAAACCUCAAUGCUUCAGACUUAGAAUUUGGUUAGUAAUGAAAUUUGGAAAAAAAGGGUCAAAUUUUUUUUAAUUAAUUAUAAGGAAAAUUUAGUAACUUUGAUGACUUGAUCGGUGUUUGGUUUGAGGUAGAAUGAUGAGUUGAUAUUCUAAUCACCAUGUUUGGAUUAGUAAAUUCCUUAAUUUAAUUGAGGGGUUUUAAUUAUGUUGGGUUUGGAAUUUUCUCCUUGUUUGACUAUUGAAAAAAAUUAAAUUAUUUACUGUGGCAGUGCUUAUUCUUUUUUAAUAGGCUGUGAUUUCGAGAUUCUGACCUUAUUGCAGUGUAACGUUACUCUUUUGAAUUAAGUUUAAUUUUUUGUCGCUAGAUUGUAUUUUAGAAUAUUUUGCACAAUACUGAAUGUACGAUGGUAAUUAUUUAAGUUGGUUCGGAAUUUACAACAAUAAAAUAAUCAAGU